AUGGCGCUGGAUAAUCGGUGCUUAAACCGCGUCACCACGGGCGCCGCGCUCGGCGCCGCCGUGGGCGGCGCCGUGGGGGCGUGUUACGGCACGUACGAGGCGUUCGCGUACAAGGUGCCGGGAAUGCUCAAGGUGCGACACAUCGGAAGGGCGACGGUGGGGUCGAGCGCGCUCUUCGGGCUCUUCCUGAGCGCCGGGUCGUUGCUGCAGUGCGGCCGACGAUGA